AUGAACUUUCAUAGUCCUUUCCUUUCCUUAGAUACUCGGUACAAACUGGAGGGCCACACUGUUCUCUAUAUCCCCGCGGAGGCCAUGAACAUGAAGCCCGAGGCGGUGUUUAAGGACAAAGAGCUGGUGCAGCGGCUAGAGACCUCCAUGAUCCAUUGGACCCGGCAGAUAAAGGAGGUGCUCAGUGCCCAGGAGUCUGUGGAUACAGGAGAAAAUUUAGGUCCUUUGGAGGAGAUUGAGUUCUGGCGCAACCGAUGCAUGGACCUAUCGGGCAUCAGUACACAGCUGGUGAAGGAAGGAGUGAAACACAUUGAGUCCAUCCUGCGCCUUGCCAAGUCGUCCUACUUGGCACCCUUUAUGAAACUGGCUCAGCAGAUCCAGGAUGGUUCUUGUCAAGCGCAGUCGAACCUGACUUUUCUGUCAAUCCUGAAGGAACCUUAUCAGGAAUUGGCCUUCAUGAGGCCUAAGGACAUCCCUAAUAAGCUUCCUAAGUUGAUCAGUCUCAUCCGCAUCAUCUGGGUCAACUCUCCCCACUACAACACUCGGGAGAGACUGACCUCCCUCUUCCGAAAGAUGAGCAAUGAGAUCAUCCGCUUAUGCUGUCAUGCCAUCUCCCUGGACCGAAUCUUUGAGGGACAUGUUUCUUCUAGCAAGGAGGACCUACAAGGCUGCAUUUCCUGUUGUCAUGCCUGGAAAGAUCACUACCUGCAGGCUGUGCAGAUGCAUACCCAGUUCUCCAGUCGGGGCUGGGUCCUAGACCAGACCAGCAUAUUUGCUCAGGUUGAUGCUUUUGUGCAGCGCUGCAAGGACCUGAUUGAGGUAUGUGACUGUCAGUACCAUUUUGCCCGCUGGGAAUAUGGCAAGCAAGGCCCCCUUCCUUGCUUCUUUGGUGCCCAGGGGCCCCAGGUAACACGGAACUUGCUGGAGAUUGAAGACAUCUUUCAUAAAAAUCUGCACAUGCUGCGAGCUGUUCACGGGGGCAUCCUGGAUGUCAAGAACACUUCUUGGCAUGAAGACUACAAUCGGUUUCGUGCUGGAGUCAAGGACCUGGAGGUGAUGACUCAGAACCUAAUUACCUCUGCCUUCGAGUUAGUGCGAGACGUGGAGCAUGGUGUGCUGCUGCUGGACACCUUCCACAGGCUUGCAGCCCGUGAGGCUAUCAAGCGAACAUAUGACAAGAAGGCCGUGGAUCUCUACAUGUUGUUUAAUAGUGAAUUGGCCCUCGUGAACCGUGAACUGAUCAAGAAAUGGCCAUACCUGGAACCCUACAUGGCCCAGUAUUCUGGACAGGCACACUGGGUGCGGAUCCUACGGCGUCGCAUUGACAGAGUCAUGAAUUGUCUUUCUAGUGCUCAUUUCUUGCCUCACAUUGGGACUGGAGAGGAGAGUGUGCAUACCUAUCAGCAGAUGGUUCAGGCCAUUGAUGAACUGGUUCGAAAAACCUUUCAAGACUGGACAUCAACGCUGGACAAGGACUGUAUUCGGCGGCUGGAUACACCAUUGUUACGAAUCAGCCAGGAGAAGGCGGGCAUGCUGGAUGUCAACUUUGACAAGUCCCUGCUGAUUCUUUUUGUGGAGAUUGACUACUGGGAGCGGCUGCUCUUUGAGACCCCCCAUUACGUGGUGAAUGUAGCUGAACGGGCAGAGGACCUGCGCAUUCUUCGUGAAAAUCUGCUACUUGUUGCUCGAGACUACAAUAGGCUUAUUGCCAUGCUGUCCCCAGAUGAGCAGGCCCUGUUCAAAGAGCGUAUCCGAUUCCUGGAUAAGAAGAUCCACCCUGGGCUCAAGAAACUGCACUGGGCUUUGAAGGGGGCCAGCGUUUUCUUCAUCACAGAGUGCCGCAUACAUGCCAGCAAGGUGCAGACAAUUGUGAAUGAGUUCAAGGCAUCCACUCUGACCAUUGGCUGGCGAGCCCAAGAGAUAUCAGAAACGCUGUUGGUACACAUUAGUGGCAAACGGGUGUACAGGGACCUGGAAUUUGAGGAGGACCAAAGGGAGCAUCGGGCAGCUGUGCAACAGAAAUUGGUGAAGCUGCACCAGAAUGUGGUGGCCAUCAUGACCAACUCCUAUGAAAUCUUCAAGAAUGAUGGCCCUGAGAUUCAGCAGCAGUGGAUGCUGUACACAAUUCGGUUGGACCACAUGAUGGAGGAUGCCCUGCGCCUGAACGUGAAGUGGUCACUGCUGGAACUGUCCAAAGCCAUCAAUGGGGAUGGAAAAACCACCCCAAACCCACUAUUCCAAGUUCUUGUAAUUUUGCAGCAUGACAUGCAGGGAGGUGUGGCACAGGUGGAAUUCUCACCCGCUCUGCAGACUUUAGCAAAUAUAGUCAAUGACAUUGGCAACCACCUUUUCUCCACCAUCUCUGUCUUCCGCCACCUCCCUGAAAUUCUCAUUAAGCGCAAGUUUCAGCGUGACCCCAUCUAUAUGAUCGUUGAACGAGAUGAGGACAUCAAGAAGAUCCAGGCCCAGGUCAGCAGCGGUAUGACCAACAAUGCAAGCCUACUGCAGAACUACCUCAAGACCUGGGAUAUGUAUCGGGAGAUCUGGGAGAUCAACAAGGACUCUUUUAUUCGUCGCUAUCAGCGCCUCAACCCCCCUGUCUCUUCUUUUGAUGCUGACAUUGCCCGCUACACGGAGGUUGCUAAUAAUGUGCAGAAGGAGGAGACAGUCCUCAACAUCCAGUUUGUGCUGCUGGACUGCUCGCAUCUCAAGUUCUCACUGGUGCAGCACUGCAAUGAGUGGCAGAACAAGUUUACGACUCUGCUCAAGGAGAUGGCAGCCUGGCGCCUCCUGGAGCUGCACACCUACCUGAAGGAGAAUGCGGAGAAAAUCAGCCGCCCUCCCCAGACGCUGGAGGAACUGGGGGUCAGUUUGCAACUCAUGGAUACCCUGCAGCAUGACUUACCCAACCUGGAGACCCAGAUCCCUCCCAUACAUGAGCAAUUCGCCAUUCUUGAGAAGUAUGAGGUGCCAGUUCAGGACAGUGUACUGGAGAUGCUAGACAGUCUCAAUGGGGAGUGGGUUGUCUUCCAACAAACUCUGUUGGACAGUGAACAGAUGCUGAAGAAACACAAGGAGAAAUUCAAGACAGGCCUUAUUCACUCAGCUGAUGAUUUCAAAAAGAAAGCACAUAAUCUUCUCGGAGAAUUUGAAGCCAAAGGCCCCUUCACCAGCAACGUGGGACAUCAGGCCGCUCUAGAGCAGAUAGCCCAAUUGCGGGCCAUGCUGAAUGCCAUGCGGGAAGAAGAAAACAGUCUCCGCUCCAACUUGGGCAUCUUCAAGAUCGAGCAGCCAGUCUCCAAGGACCUGCAGAACCUGGAGAAGGAACUGGACGCACUCCAGCAAGUCUGGGAGAUCACACGGGACUGGGAGGAGAACUGGAACCAAUGGAAGACUGGUCGGUUCCUGACCCUGCAGACAGAAGCCAUGGAGACCAUGGCCCAUGGGCUGUUUCGUCGCCUCACAAGACUUGCCAAAGAGUAUAAGGACCGAAACUGGGAAAUAAUUGAAACCACUCGCUCAAAAAUAGAGCAGUUCAAGAGAACCAUGCCUCUCAUCUCAGACCUGCGAAACCCCGCCCUUAGAGAGAGGCAUUGGGAUCAGGUCAGGGAUGAGAUCCAACGGGAGUUUGAUCAGGAAUCUGAAAGCUUCACCCUGGAGCAGAUUGUGGAGCUUGGAAUGGAUCAGCAUGUGGAGAAAAUUGGGGAGAUCUCUGCCUCAGCAACCAAAGAGCUGGCUAUAGAAUUGGCAUUACAAAACAUCGCCAAGACUUGGGAUGUGAUUCAGCUAGAUAUAAUACCCUACAAAGACAAGGGCUAUCACCGACUCAGAGGUACAGAGGAAGUAUUCCAGGCACUGGAAGAUAACCAAGUGGCUCUAUCUACCAUGAAGGCAUCUCGUUUUGUCAAGGCCUUCGAGAAGGAUGUGGACCACUGGGAACGCUGCCUGUCCCUCAUUUUGGAAGUUAUUGAGAUGGUGCUCACAGUGCAACGUCAGUGGAUGUACCUAGAGGUUUUUGGUCUCCUGGACACAUUGAUAGAAAUGAACACAAUCCUGGAAGACAUUCAGAAGUCUCUGGAUAUGUAUUUAGAGACCAAGCGCCAUACUUUCCCCCGCCUCUACUUCUUAUCUAAUGAUGACCUCCUGGAGAUUCUGGGCCAGUCUCGCAACCCAGAGGCUGUGCAGCCACACCUCAAAAAAUGCUUUGACAACAUCAAAUUGCUGAGAAUGCAGAAGGUUGGGGGACCCAGCAGCAAAUGGGAAGCUGUGGGAAUGUUCUCAGGUGACGGCGAGUAUAUUGAUUUCCUCCAUUCAGUACUUUUAGAAGGGCCUGUAGAGUCCUGGCUUGGCGAUGUGGAGCGGACCAUGAGAGUAACCCUGCGGGACCUUCUCCGGAACUGCCGCCUGGCCCUCAAGAAGUUUCUUAACAAGAGGGACAAAUGGAUAAAGGAGUGGGCUGGCCAGAUGGUGAUCACUGCCAGUCAGAUCCAGUGGACAGCUGAUGUUACCAAAUGCCUGCAGACUGCUAAGGAGCGGGGAGACAAGAAAAUCCUCAAGGUCAUGAAGAAGAAGCAGGUGUCAAUACUGAAUAAAUAUUCAGAAGCUAUCAGGGGGAACUUGACCAAGAUCAUGCGGCUUAAAAUUGUGGCUCUGGUGACCAUAGAAAUUCAUGCCCGAGAUGUGUUGGAGAAGCUUUAUAAAAGUGGCCUCAUGGAUGUCAAUUCUUUUGACUGGCUCAGCCAACUGCGCUUCUAUUGGGAGAAGGAUCUCGAUGAUUGUAUGAUCCGCCAGACCAACACACAAUUUCAGUAUAGUUAUGAGUACUUGGGUAACUCUGGCCGGCUUGUCAUCACCCCUUUGACAGACAGGUGUUACAUGACACUGACCACAGCAUUGCACUUGCAUCGAGGGGGCUCCCCCAAAGGUCCAGCAGGCACAGGAAAGACUGAGACUGUCAAGGACCUGGGCAAGGCCCUCGGCAUAUAUGUCAUUGUGAUCAACUGCUCCGAGGGUUUGGACUAUAAAUCCAUGGGCCGAAUGUACUCAGGCCUGGCCCAGACGGGUGCCUGGGGCUGCUUUGAUGAGUUUAACCGAAUCAACAUCGAGGUGCUAUCCGUGGUGGCCCAGCAGAUCCUGUCGAUUCUAUCCGCUCUGGCUGCCAGCCUCACCCGCUUCCAUUUUGAGGGCUUUGAGAUAAAUCUGGUGUGGUCUUGUGGGAUCUUUAUCACCAUGAACCCUGGCUACGCUGGUCGCACAGAGCUUCCUGAAAAUCUUAAAUCCAUGUUCCGUCCAAUUGCUAUGGUGGUGCCUGAUUCUACUCUUAUUGCAGAAAUUAUUCUGUUUGGGGAGGGCUUUGGCAACUGCAAGAUUCUAGCCAAGAAGGUGUACACACUUUACUCCCUGGCUGUGCAGCAGCUUUCCAGACAGGACCAUUAUGACUUUGGCCUACGUGCCCUCACCUCCCUUUUGCGCUAUGCUGGCAAGAAGCGCCGCCUGCAGCCAGAUCUGUCUGAUGAAGAGGUUUUGCUGCUCUCAAUGAGAGAUAUGAACAUUGCCAAACUAACUUCAGUUGAUGUGCCACUCUUCAAUGCCAUCGUGCAAGAUCUAUUCCCUAGCAUUGAGCUAUCCGUCAUUGAUUAUGGCAAGCUGCAGGAGACCAUUGAACAGGAGAUUCGAGAUAUGGGCCUACAGGCCACGCCAUUCACCUUUACCAAGGUCAUUCAGUUGUAUGAAACCAAGAACUCCCGCCACUCCACCAUGAUUGUGGGCUGCACAGGCAGUGGCAAGACUACCUCGUGGCGAAUUCUUCAGUCCUCCUUGUCCUCCCUGUGCCGUGCUGGAGACCCCAACUUCAACAUUGUUAGAGAGUUCCCUUUGAACCCUAAGGCACUAUCCCUAGGGGAGCUGUAUGGGGAAUAUGACCUCAACACUAAUGAAUGGACAGAUGGCAUCCUGGCCAGCGUCAUGCGGAUAGCAUGUUCAGAUGAGAAACCAGAUGAGAAGUGGAUCCUUUUUGAUGGCCCUGUUGACACACUGUGGAUUGAGAGCAUGAACUCCGUCAUGGAUGAUAACAAAGUAUUGACCCUCAUCAAUGGAGAGCGGAUUGCGAUGCCUGAGCAGGUGUCUCUCCUGUUCGAAGUGGAAAACUUGGCCAUGGCCUCUCCAGCCACCGUGUCUCGCUGUGGGAUGGUGUACACUGACUACGCUGACCUGGGCUGGAAGACCUAUGUUCAGUCAUGGCUAGAGAAGAGGCCAAAGACCGAGGUAGAACCCCUUCAACGCAUGUUCGAAAAAUUCAUCAACAAGCUGCUGACCUUCAAGAAGGAUAACUGCAACGAGCCGGUGCCCCUCCCUGAAUAUAGUGGAAUCAUCUCCCUCUGCAAGCUGUACUCGGCCCUGGCCACGCCAGAGAAUGGGGUGAACCCAGCUGAUGGUGAAAACUAUGUUUCUAUGGUAGAGUUGACAUUUGUGUUCAGCAUGAUCUGGUCUGUGUGUGCCUCUGUGGAUGAGGAGGGCCGAAAGAAGAUCGACAGUUGCCUCCGAGAGAUGGAGGGCUCUUUUCCCAAUAAGGACACAGUGUAUGAGUAUUUUGUGGACCCCAAGAUGAGAUGUUGGACAUCAUUUGAGGAUAAGCUCCCUAAGAGUUGGCGCUACCCUUCAAAUUUCCCUUUCUAUAAGAUCAUGGUGCCCACUGUUGACACUGUUCGUUACAACCACCUAGUGAGUGCCUUGGUGGUCAACCAGAAUCCUGUCCUGCUGGUGGGUCCCGUGGGGACUGGGAAGACCUCUAUUGCCCAGAGUGUCCUACAGUCCUUGCCCUCCAGCCAGUGGUCAGUGCUCACUGUCAACAUGUCUGCACAGACCACAUCCAAUAAUGUGCAGAGCAUCAUUGAGAGCAGGGUGGAAAAGCGAACCAAGGGUGUCUAUGUGCCAGCUGGGGGCAAACGCAUGAUCACCUUUAUGGAUGACCUAAAUAUGCCAGCUAAGGACACUUUUGGGUCCCAGCCACCCCUGGAGCUGAUUCGUCUCUGGAUUGACUACGGCUUCUGGUAUGAUCGUACAAAGCAGACCAUCAAGUACAUUCGAGACAUGUUCCUGAUGGCUGCAAUGGGCCCUCCCGGGGGUGGACGGACUGUCAUCUCCCCAAGGCUGCAGAGUCGCUUCAACAUCAUCAACAUGACCUUUCCCACAGAGUCCCAGGUCAUCCGAAUAUUCGGCACCAUGAUUAAUCAGAAGCUUCAGGACUUUGAGGAAGAGGUGAAGCCCAUUGGGAAUGUGGUGACUGAGGCCACCUUAGAGGUGUACAACACUGUGGUCCAGCGCUUCCUACCCACACCUGCCAAGAUCCACUACCUUUUCAACCUUCGAGACAUCUCCAAGGUGUUCCAGGGCAUGCUUAGAGCCAACAAGGACUUCCACGACACCAAGUCCAGUAUCACAAGGCUCUGGAUCCAUGAAUGUUUCAGAGUCUUCUCUGACCGACUGGUUGAUGCGGCAGACAUGGAAGCCUUUGUGGCCAUCUUAAGUGACAAACUUGGCUCCUUCUUUGACCUCACAUUUCAUAAUCUUUGUCCCAACAAACGUUCUCCUAUCUUUGGGGACUUCCUGAGGGAGCCCAAGGUGUAUGAAGACCUAACUGAUCUGACAGCACUGAAGACAGCCAUGGAAACAGCUCUAAAUGAAUACAAUCUGUCACCUGCUGUUGUGCCAAUGCAGUUGGUGCUCUUCCGAGAGGCUAUUGAACACAUCACACGGAUUGUGCGGGUUAUUGGACAACCUCGGGGCAACAUGCUCUUGGUGGGCAUUGGGGGCAGUGGGCGCCAGAGUCUUGCCCGCUUGGCUUCAUCCAUCUGCGAGUACAUCACCUUCCAGAUCGAAGUCACCAAACAUUACCGGAAACAGGAGUUCCGAGAAGAUAUCAAGCGUCUGUACCACCAGGCUGGAGUAGAACUCAAGGCCACGUCCUUCCUUUUUGUGGACACCCAGAUUGCUGAUGAAUCAUUCCUAGAGGACAUUAACAACAUCCUCAGCUCAGGCGAGGUCCCUAAUCUCUACAAGACUGAUGAAUUUGAAGAGAUUCAGACGCACAUCAUAGAGCAGGCCCGAGCAGAGCAGGUGUCGGAGUCCUCAGAUAGCCUCUUUGCCUACCUCAUUGAGCGCGUGCGCAACAACCUGCACAUCGUUCUCUGCCUCAGCCCUGUGGGCGACCCCUUCAGGAACUGGAUCCGUCAAUACCCAGCCUUGGUGAACUGCACAACCAUCAACUGGUUCUCGGAGUGGCCCAGUGAGGCCCUGCUAGAGGUGGCUGAAAAGUAUCUUAUGGGAGUGGACCUGGGAACUCAGGAGAAUAUCCACAGGAAGGUGGCCAAGAUCUUUGUCACCAUGCACUGGUCAGUGGCUCAGUAUUCUCAGAAGAUGCUGCUGGAACUGCGAAGACACAACUACGUCACACCCACCAACUACCUGGAACUUGUGUCUGGAUAUAAGAAGUUGCUGGCAGAGAAGCGGCAGGAACUGUUUGACCAGGCCAAUAAGCUGCGGACAGGAUUGUUUAAGAUUGAUGAAACAAGAGAAAAGGUGGAAGUGAUGUCACUGGAGCUGGAGGAUGCCAAGAAAAAGGUGGCUGAGUUCCAGAAACAGUGUGAGGAAUACCUGGUCAUCAUUGUGCAGCAGAAGCGGGAAGCAGAUGAGCAGCAGAAGGCCGUCACAGCCAAUAGUGAGAAGAUUGCAAUUGAGGAAGUGAAGUGCAAAGCACUGGCUGACAAUGCCCAGAAGGAUCUAGAAGAGGCAUUGCCAGCCCUGGAAGAGGCCAUGCGGGCCCUGGAGUCUCUGAACAAGAAGGAUAUAGGAGAGAUCAAGUCUUAUGGACGGCCCCCUGCCCAAGUGGAGAUAGUAAUGCAGGCAGUCAUGAUUCUUCGAGGCAAUGAGCCCACGUGGGCAGAGGCCAAGAGGCAGCUAGGGGAACAGAACUUCAUUAAAUCACUGAUCAACUUUGAUAAAGACAACAUAUCAGAUAAGGUUCUGAAGAAGAUCGGGGCCUACUGUGCCCAGCCCGACUUCCAGCCUGACAUCAUCGGCCGUGUCUCCCUUGCUGCCAAGUCCCUCUGCAUGUGGGUACGGGCCAUGGAGAUGUACGGGCGGCUGUAUCGGGUGGUGGAGCCCAAGCGGAUCCGAAUGAAUGCUGCGUUGGCCCAACUUCAGGAGAAGCAAGCAGCACUGGCUGAAGCCCAGGAGAAGCUGCGGGAGGUGGCUGAGAAACUGGAGAUGCUGAAGAAACAGUAUGAUGAGAAGCUGGCACAGAAGGAGGAGCUUCGCAAGAAGUCUGAAGAAAUGGAGCUGAAGCUGGAGCGAGCCGGGAUGUUGGUGUCUGGGUUGGCUGGCGAGAAGGCCCGAUGGGAGGAGACAGUAAAGGGCCUGGAGGAGGACCUGGGCUACCUGGUGGGCGACUGUCUCCUAGCAGCUGCCUUCCUGUCCUACUUGGGACCCUUCCUGACCAACUAUCGGGAUGAAAUUGUCAACCAGAUCUGGAUCAGGAAGAUUCGGGAGUUUCAGGUUCCUUGCUCACCUCGCUUCACCUUCGCUAACUUCCUGUCCAAUCCUACCAAAGUGCGGGACUGGAACAUCCAAGGGUUGCCCUCAGAUGCCUUCUCCACUGAGAAUGGCAUCAUUGUCACCCAUGGCAACAGGUGGGCCCUAAUGAUUGAUCCUCAGGCCCAGGCCCAGAAGUGGAUAAAGAACAUGGAAGGAAACCAGGGCCUCCAGAUUAUUGAUCUGCAGAUGAGAGAUUACCUUCGAAUCCUGGAAAAGGCCAUCCAGUUUGGAUACCCAGUGCUGCUCCAGAACGUGCAGGAAUAUCUGGACCCCACACUCAACCCUGUGCUCAACAAAUCUGUAGCUCAAAUAGGUGGUCGGUUGCUGAUGCACGUUGGAGAUAAGGAGGUGGAAUACAAUACUAAUUUCCGUUUCUACAUCACCACCAAGCUCUCCAACCCCCACUACAGCCCUGAGACCUCAGCCAAGACCACUAUUGUCAACUUUGCAGUCAAAGAACAGGGCCUGGAGGCCCAACUACUGGGCAUUGUGGUCCGGAAGGAGCGCCCUGAGCUGGAGGAGCAGAAGGAUUCACUAGUCAUCAAUAUUGCUGCUGGCAAGAGGAAGCUCAAGGAGCUGGAGGAUGAGAUCCUUCGGCUGCUGAACGAAGCCACGGGCUCCCUGCUAGAUGACCUGCAGCUGGUGAAUGCCCUUCAGACCUCCAAGAUUACUGCCACUGAGGUGACCGAGCAGCUGGAGAUCAGUGAAACCACAGAGAUCAACAUUGACUUGGCCAGAGAGGCUUAUCGCCCUUGUGCCCAGCGGGCAUCGGUCCUGUUCUUCGUGCUCAACGAUAUGGGCCACAUCGACCCCAUGUACCAAUUCUCUCUGGAUGCCUACAUCAGCCUCUUUAUCCUCAGCAUUGACAAGAGCCAUCGCAGCAACAAGCUGGAGGACCGUAUUGACUACCUGAAUGAAUACCACACCUACGCUGUCUACAGGUACACCUGCCGCACCCUUUUUGAGCGCCACAAGCUACUGUUCAGUUUUCAGAUGUGUGCCAAAAUUCUGGAGACUUCUGGCAAGCUCAACAUGGAUGAGUACAACUUCUUUCUACGUGGGGGUGUGGUCCUGGAUCGGGAAGGCCAAAUGGAUAACCCAUGUACUAGUUGGCUCGCAGAUGCCUACUGGGAUAACAUCACAGAGUUAGACAAACUGACCAACUUCCAUGGACUCAUGAACUCCUUCGAACAGUAUCCUCGUGACUGGCACCUGUGGUAUACCAACGCCACCCCGGAAAAGGCUAUGCUGCCAGGUGAGUGGGAGAAUGCCUGCAAUGAAAUGCAGCGGAUGCUGAUUGUUCGCUCCCUAAGGCAGGACCGCGUGGCAUUCUGUGUUACUUCUUUCAUCGUCUCCAACCUUGGUUCCCGCUUCAUUGAGCCGCCUGUACUAAACAUGAAGUUGGUGAUAGAGGAUUCAACCCCACGAACUCCACUGGUAUUCAUCCUGUCCCCUGGUGUGGACCCCACCAGUGCCCUGCUCCAGCUGGCAGAGAACACAGGCAUGGCCCAGCGUUUCCAUGCCCUGUCCUUGGGCCAGGGCCAGGCCCCCAUUGCUGCUCGGCUCCUUCGAGAGGGUGUGAUUCAGGGACAUUGGGUGUUCCUGGCUAACUGCCACCUGUCACUGUCUUGGAUGCCUAAUCUGGACAAACUGGUGGAGCAACUGCAGGUGGAGGAUCCUCACCCUUCCUUCCGCCUCUGGCUCAGCUCUAGCCCCCACCCCGACUUCCCAAUCUCAAUCUUGCAAGCCAGCAUCAAGAUGACCACAGAACCACCAAAGGGCCUAAAGGCCAACAUGACACGUCUUUACCAACUGAUGAUGGAACCACAGUUUUCUCGUUGCUCCAAACCUGCCAAGUAUAAGAAGCUGCUGUUUGCACUCUGCUUCUUCCACUCUGUGUUACUUGAACGCAAAAAGUUCCUGCAGCUUGGCUGGAACAUUGUCUAUGGCUUCAAUGACUCUGACUUUGAGGUAUCAGAAAACUUGCUGAGCCUCUAUCUGGAUGAGUAUGAAGAGACACCCUGGGAUGCGCUCAAGUACCUCAUUGCCGGCGUCAACUACGGUGGGCACGUCACAGAUGACUGGGAUCGGCGUCUGCUUACCACUUACAUCAAUGACUAUUUCUGUGACCAGUCUCUAUCAACCCCCUUUUACCGGUUGUCAGUAUUGGAGACUUAUUUCAUCCCCAAGGAUGGAAGCCUGGCCUCUUACAAGGAGUACAUCAGCAUGUUGCCUGGCAUGGAUCCCCCUGAGGCCUUUGGUCAACACCCCAAUGCGGAUGUGGCCUCCCAGAUCACUGAGGCACGAACUCUCUUUGUGACUCUGCUUUCCCUGCAACCCCAGAUUACACCCACCAGGGCUGGAGGCCAGAGCCGGGAAGAGAAGGUCCUUGAGUUGGCCACUGAUGUGAAACAGAAGAUCCCUGAAAUGAUCGACUAUGAGGGGACCCAAAAACUGCUGGCUCUGGACCCCUCCCCACUCAAUGUGGUCCUUCUGCAGGAGAUCCAGCGAUACAACAAGCUUAUGGAGACCAUUCUGUUCUCACUGACAGACCUGGAAAAAGGCAUCCAGGGCCUCAUCGUCAUGUCUACAAGCCUGGAAGAGAUUUUCAAUUGCAUCUUUCACGCCCAUGUCCCUCCACUCUGGGGAAAGGCAUAUCCCUCACAAAAGCCACUGGCUGCAUGGACCCGGGACUUAGCCAUGCGUGUGGAACAGUUUGAGCUGUGGGCUAGCCGUGCUCGGCCUCCUGUGAUCUUCUGGCUGUCUGGCUUCACCUUUCCCACUGGCUUCCUCACUGCUGUACUGCAGUCUUCAGCUCGCCAAAACAAUAUUUCAGUGGACGGCCUCUCUUGGGAGUUUAUCGUUUCUACUGUGGAUGACGGCAACCUAGUGUAUCCACCCAAGGAUGGUGUUUGGGUUCGAGGCCUGUACCUGGAGGGUGCUGGCUGGGACCAGAAGAACUCCUGCUUGGUGGAGGCAGAACCCAUGCAGCUCGUCUGCCUCAUGCCCACGAUCCACUUUCGGCCUACAGAGAGUCGAAAGAAGAGCGCCAAGGGCAUGUACUCCUGUCCCUGCUAUUACUAUCCCAACCGGGCGGGCAGCUCAGACAGAGCCUCCUUUGUCAUUGGCAUCGACCUCCGGUGUGGGACCAUGACAUCAGAUCAUUGGAUCAAGAGGGGCACUGCUCUACUCAUGAGCCUGGACAACUGAGAAGGCCUCCUCUUCUUCCUGGCUUGAGAGAGGGUCGGGGACUCUAGGAGCCAAAGCUGACAAUGCACCUCAGACGGAGGCUGGACCUCACUCAGGCCUUGACCUUGGCUGAAUUUGUUGUGUGACGAGGCCCUGGAGACACCUAGCGUGCUAGCCAUAAAGGUGGAAGAAUUGUAUUGGAACUCAGCGCAGUAAAACACCCGAGACCACAAGCCCUAAGUCUGUCAAUGGGAUCGUGAGGGUUUGGGGAGGGAGGAAGUCCAAGCCUUACAGAAGAUAGGAGCUUCCGUGAGAGGAUACUGAAUGGGGAAAAGAGCAUGGGA